UCCUAAACAUGACCCCACUGCAUAUAGUAUUGCCGACGACAAACAACAGACGAGAACGCAGUUACGCAACCCCAUAAAAACUCCAAAGUCCCAAGUCUUUCACUGUCCCCACUCAGUCAACAACGUCUCUUCCUGUUCAGUCCACACAAACCAGCUCAGAAAAAACCUAUUGCUUACUUUUCCUUCUCCUCCUCAUCGUCUUCUUCUCCUCCAUUUAAACCCCAGCCCUCCCCAUUAAACCCCUCACCCAACAAAACCCACAAACCAAAACUAAUGGCUUUCUCUUUCUCUCUCUCCACACCCACCAUACCCACACUCCUCUUCACCCUCUCCCUCCUCCUCUCAUUUCUCACCACACCCGCCUCCUCCGCCACCUUCAACUGCUCCGCCACCACCACCUGCCAGUCCCUCAUCGACUACGUCCCCGAAAAUACCACAACCCUCAACGCCAUCAAAACCCUCUUCAACAUCUCCCACCUCCGCACCCUUCUCGGAGCCAACAACCUCCCCCUCUCCACCGCCCCGACCCAAAACGUAACCGCCCUCCAAAAGAUCCUCAUCCCUUUCACGUGCCUCUGCUCCAACGGCACCGGCGUCUCCAACAAGCGCCCGCAGUACAUCGUGAAGCCCGGCGACGACCUCGACCACAUCGCUACGGUCGUGUUCUCGAGGCUCGUGAAGUACCAGGAAAUUGCGGCGGUGAAUAAUAUUCCCGACCCGAGUCUGAUUGGAAUCGGAAAGAAGUUGUGGAUCCCGCUGCCGUGCAGCUGCGACGAGGUGAACGGCGAGAGGGUGGUUCAUUAUGGACACGUGGUGGAAGCUGGGAGCUCGGUGGAGGCAAUCGCGACCAAGUACGGGACGGACCAGGAGACUCUGCUGAGGAUCAAUGGCAUUGCAGAUCCCAAGACCCUUCAGGCCAAUCAAGUCCUCGAUGUUCCUCUCAAAGCUUGUUCAUCUUCGGUAUCGAAUAACUCAUUAGAUGCCCCGUUACUUGUUUCCAACAACACCUACGUCUUCACUGCCAACAAUUGCGUGAAAUGCCAGUGUAGUCCUGCGAACAAUUGGACCUUGCAAUGUGAGCCAUCCACUGUGAAUUCAACUGGAUGCCCUGCGAUGCAAUGCCAAGGUUCGAGUCAGCUAUUUCUUGGCAACACCACGACUUCCGGUUGCGAUCAAACAACCUGUACCUAUGCUGGUUAUACUAACAAGACCAAUAUUCUUACAACCCUGGCAACACAGUCCACUUGUGCAGCUCCUCCUCCUGAUAAUAAUAACAACGCAUCAAGGAUGGGUUUGCAAGGCUCCAGUUGGAGCUUCCUUUUCGCGGCAAUUCACUUGGCGCUUCUUCUUCUUCAUGUUCUUCAGUGAGACGCCAGUAACUUUUCAUGACGACAUCGUCCACUCUUUGCGUGUUCUAAGAGGUUGGGGAAACAGAACUACAAUGUAAUUCUUCUAUACAUCUCUUAAUGGAACGAGAAAAUAUCAAAUUUAUUGACAAAGCACCAUCAUGCUUUUCAGAGGGUA